AUGGACGAUAAUGUGGACAAGCAUAAUUUUGAUCUUCGAUUAGUUAACACGAUAGUAUUAAAACCACAGCAUAAAACAAUUGCUCGACUUAAAUCACCUAUUUCUUCUUCGUCAAAUGUUAUUUUUCAUCCUAAUCGUAACAUCCAAUAUCAAAAACUUCUUGCCAUUCCGGAUACUUUAUUAUCUAUACGAAAUUAUGAAACAUAUAUUACAAUCGCUAAUCCAACAAAUAAAAUAUAUAUUCGUUGUUACAGUAUCAAUUCAUGUUUAAAUAAUUAUCAAUGGUCGUCGAAUGAACAACAACCAGAAGUUGAUAAACAUGACUCAAUAGAAGCUAUAUUUGAUCAAUUGUUAGGUCACAUUCAAGAUCAAAAUGAAAAAUCCAUAAUUCAUCAAUUAUUAAUUAAAUAUAGAAAGAUUUUCGAUACAUCUAUACAUUCGAUCGCUAAAAUUUCUGCUCCGCCAAUGAUUAAAACUGGAUUAAAUCUUCCAAUUCAUUCACGUGUUUAUCGUACAGAUCCAAUCAAACAACAACAUAUUUCGACAAUUAUUGAUGCUAUGUUAAAAUCUGGACAAAUUCAAAAAUCAGAUUCUAGUUGGUCCUCACCAGUGAUCUUAGUAAAAAAAAAAGAUGGAACUUAUAGAUUUGUUAUUGACUAUCGUCAGCGAAACAAUAUCACCGAACGAGAUAGUUAUCCUUUACCACGAAUUGAAGAAACAUUAAACAGAUUAAAUGGUAAUACUUAUUUCUCGAAACUUGAUUUAAAAACCGGAUACCAUCAAAUCCCGAUUCAUUCAUCCGAUAAACAGAAAACAACAUUUGUUACAUACAAUGGUAUAUUUUAUUUUAAUGUAAUGCCACAAGGAUUAAAAAAUACACCAUCUAGCUUUCAAUGUAUAAUGUAUGAAUUAUUGGUAAAUACAAGAUGGGAGUUUUGUUUAGUAUAUAUUGACGACGUUAUCAUAUUUUCUCAAACAUUCGAUCAACACGUUGCUCAUUUCAAUGAAAUAUUUUUGGUUUUACACAAUGCCAAUCUACAACUUAAUCCACAAAAAUGUUCUCUUUUUAAAGGCGAAAUCAAUUAUCUGGACCACACAAUCAAUCAACAAGGAAUUCGAUCACUUCAAGACGAUGUUGAAUCAAUUGUUAAAUUACCAACACCAACAACACCAAAACAAGUCCAUUCAUUCGUUCAAGCUGCCAAUUAUUAUCGUGACCAUAUCGACAAUUUUUCAAAGAUUACUGCACUACUGUAUCCUUACACAAAGAAGAACGCCAUUUGGAAAGGUUGGACAUCACAAAUGGAACACGCAUACAAUGAACUUAAACGCCGACUUACAACAUCACCAAUAUUUCUCAAUUUUCCCGAUGAUAAAUCACCACUUGUAUUAUCAACGGAUGCUUCGGGUUACGGCAUGGGCGGUGUUUUACGACAAACAACACCAGAAGGAUCAAAAGUAGAAACUGAUCAUUGCCCACUAUGUAGUUUUAAUAAAAAGAAAUUUCAAAAUUCGAGAAUCGAGCGUUGGCAAUUACAAUUAUCGGAAUACGACAUUACAACAAUCACUUAUCAACGUGGAAAAUGUAAUUGUGAUGCCGAUUUAGUAUCACGUUUUCCAUAUGAUGAAGCUGAUAUUGAUGAUGAAGAACAUCCAAUGUGUGUUCGACACUAUACAUAA